UGAACCUUCCAUCAUGACCAUACACUGCACACUCUCCCUCAAAUUCAAAAGCAUCCAAAGCUGAGGUCUGAAUCGUUCUCCUGUAGUUACGCCUUUUGAGGAUCUGUACUGAUCAAUCUAUCCUAUUGCCCUAUACCUCCUCCCCUUUUCACUCUCACUCUUAUUAAACCAGUGCUAGCUGCUAUAAUGACUAGUAUCAAUUCUUCCAACAACCAAAACCCACAUUAAGCACAAACUGCAGAGAGUUCAAGGGGAAGAAGAAGAAGAAGAAUAUCUGAUUCUCCAGAACUCAGAAAUGGAUGUUCGAUUUCGAAGACCCCAAACCAGUCCAGAUAGAGCCAAAGUGUGCAUGCAGCAACUGCAGCCAAGAGUAGCAGUCAACAAACCCACCAUCAAAAAGGUCCAAAUUGUCUACUACCUCUCAAGAAAUGGUCAUCUUGAGCAUCCUCACUACAUGGAGAUCACCCAUUUGCCCAAUCAACCUCUUCGUUUGAGAGAUGUAAUGGAUAGGCUCACUGCUCUCAGAGGCAAGGGCAUGCCCUCACUAUAUUCCUGGUCCUGCAAAAGGAGCUACAAGAACGGUUAUGUGUGGAAUGAUUUAGCAGAAAACGACAUAAUCUACCCAGCAGACGGAGCUGAGUAUGUACUUAAAGGCUCUGAGCUAGUAGAAGGCUGCUCUGAGAGAUUGAACCAGAUUCAAAUAAGCAGCCCCCAACAAAUUCAAGACUCAAAUUUUGGGUCCAAGAGGAGAUCACCACCACUUGCUCCAACCCCAAACAGUAACCACAAGUUUCAUGAAGACCAUGAUCAAUAUGAUGAACAAGAAGAAGAAGAAGUUGACUAUGAGGACGAGAAAACAAGCUACACAAGCUCCACAACAACAAACUCUCGCUGCUCCAGAGGAGUCUCCACAGAUGAACUCGAAGAACAACAACCACCGCAAACCCACAAGACUCCCCCCGAGUCAUCUCCUCUCCCAAAUGCACCAGCUUCAGUGUUGAACCAACAAAACCACAGCAACAAUGUGUCCAUGAGGUUCGAGGACGGCGACCCCAUUGUUACGAAACAGAGCUACUCUGUUUCGAAGGCAGGGCAGGGCAAGAACUCUGUUCUGCUCCAGCUCAUUGCUUGCGGCAGCUCGGCCGUGGCUAAGGCCAAAAGCACACCGUGCGUGAGUCAAGGGAUUGUGAAGAGGGAGAGGAGUAGUCAGAGUUUUCGUAAAGAGGUGGUGUACAGGAGUGCGGUGAAGGUUGCCAUAGAGGAUGAGGAUAUGAUUACUUACAUGUCUGAGAAUCCAAGGUUUGGGAAUUUACAGGCGGAGGAGAAGGAGUAUUUCAGUGGGAGCAUUGUGGAGUCCAUGAAGGAAGAUCAAAGAGUACAUUCAGCUGAGCCUGUGCUCAAAAAAUCCAAUUCCUAUAAUGAAGAAAGGAGCAACAAAGUGGGGCUAGAAGAAGAAACAGUGGAGGAGGAAGAGAAGAGAGAAAAAGCAGCAGUGAGAGGAAAUUGCAUUCCUCGCAAGUUCUGUUCUACUGGUGCAUCAUCAAAGCCAACCAGGAAGUGAAAUGAUUGCCAUAGAUCUUAAUAAUGUGGGUUUAAUUCAUGCAGUUUGUUGAAGUCUGUAAUUACUACUAGCACUACUUAGGGGGGUUGAGGAACUUUGGUUGCUGUGGAAUUAAAGCGAAGAGUUUGGUAGGAAAUGGUUGAAUCUUUGAAAGCAAUGGGUAUGCGACUUUGUUCAUUGGCUUGUUGCAGCAAUCAUAGCAUUGACUUCA